ACGUGGUCUAGGUGCGGUCAAUCCAAGCUUCCUUGUGCGUGUGAGAGUGUUUAUAAAGGCAGCUUGUCAGUGUCUGCGGGUGUUUGUUUGGAAACAUCACAGGACAGCUUCACGAACAGGCAUUACAAUGGAUCUUUCAGACGCUUUACACAAUGACGGUGCGGUGAAGAAGGAGGAGGCCCACAAGGAUGAGCUAAAUCUUCCCUGGAGCAAGAACAAGGACAAAAGCAAGGAUAAGGAUCACAGCAAGGACAAGCAUGGUGAGAAGGAUGAGUCUCACAAGAAGGACAAGCAUGGUGAGAAGGAUAAGUCUCACAAGAAGGACAAGCAUGGUGAGAAGGAUGAGUCUCACAAGAAGGACAAGUCAAAGGGCAAGUCAAAGGACAAAGAUGGCAAGAAGAAAGAUAAGAAAAAGCACAAGGAGGGGAAAGGAUCGGGCAGCUCAUCAUCUUCUGAUGAAGACUGAUGCCUCCUGUGAGAUCGGACUGCCCUUUGAACUCUCUCAUGAAUGUUGUCUGUUGAGUGUGGGCGUGGUAGAGUGUGCAGUAGAAGCAGCUUUUCUUCUUGACUUGUCACUGGUGUCACAGAUUCAUACCAGCACUGUAUACAUAUCUGCUCUUUCCUAUAAGUAAAUGUUCUGACAACAACCAAA